AUGUCUCCAUCACCGCCGUCUUCCCCAUCGUCGCACUCGUCCGCAUCACUGCCACCGCAGCCGCAUUCGCCCUCGCCCCUCACAGCUUGUGCUGCCACCACCGCAACCCCGCUGGAGCCACACAUCCUGCAGCUUCCCGCCGAUAUCCUCCUCUUGAUAUGCGACCAGCUUGACACGCCAGAGGCCCUGAGCAUGUCCCUCACCUGCAAGAGCGUCUUUGCCCUCAGCCUCACCAUGUGCCAGUGUCGGCGCAAAAUGCCCUCCGAAGAGCGGAGGCGCUUCCUCUUGCUCCUCGAGGCUGAUGCCCGCAUGGGCCGCGGCGUCUUCUACUGCCACGCAUGCAACUCUCUGCACCCCUUCCAGAGAGAUUGGGGCCCUCGCUCCGAGCGUGAAGCCAGCGGCGCCCCCGCACGUCCUCACCAUUGCGGCAUCAGGGACCGCUUCGCCCCCGCCGGCAACCCCUUCGGCCUGUCCUACCACCAUGCUCGCCUCGUCAUGAACCAACAUCUAUACGGCCCGGGCCGUGGCCUGGCCCUCGGCAACAUCUGCGUCCGGCACACGGAGCGCAGGCCCGCCACCAGCAUCCUCUGCACCACCGACGCCCAGAUCAAGGACGGUGAGCUCCUCCUCCUCCGCACCUACGCCUUCACCGUCGCCGACGACUCCAUCUCCGAGUUCCGCCGUGGCGGCGGGCCCCGCGACUUCCGCCUCUGCGAGCACACCUGUUUCUUCCCCCACUCCUCCUCGUCGCCCUAUCGCCAGCACAUCCCCCAGCUGCAGCCCCCCCGGACCGGCGACCAGGCGUUCCCCCCCUGCCACGACGCCCCCGGCUCGUGCGGCCUGUGCCUCAUGGACUACGUCAUCACCGUCGCGCCCUCGUCGGCCGCCUGGGACGUGACCAUCAAGGCCUACCACCAGCUCGGUGCCUGCCGCUCCCCCGACGACUGGAAGUGGGCGCGCUUCUCCGAGGCCAAGCGGCCCCACCUGUUCUUCCCGAACCGCCCAAACCGCCGUAGUUCGACGCUGGAGGCCGGCGCCGUUAGGCGGCGGUGGCUCGGCGAGGCGACUACCGCUAUGACUGCGGGCAAGGUGGGCCCUGACGUCGACGGCAUGGUCGCGAGCCACAAGAGCGUCUCGCUCCCGAUUACGAGCUGGUUGUGGCGCGAUACGAAGCCCCUGGUGUGCGCGGAGCCCAGCUAA